CGCCAGUCCCUGUGCCACGGAGAAGACGUCCUCGGCCCCUCCCACGUUCUCAGCCUGGAGCUGAUUCUCUGACACAGCCACCAGUACCACGCCCUCGCAGCAAACUCACAGAGUCGACUCCCUUUGAUAAUUUUUUGCGCUCCAGGCCCUGCCCUGUGCUGGGGACAGAGGGGCAGACAGGAGAAGAGGAAGAAAUGAGGCAAAUCAAGAGAGGAGCAACUCUCCGCUGGUUCAGAGAGACACAGGCUUGGAAGGUUAGGCAGGAUGAUGGGGCCUUUCCUGGCUGGCUGCAUGGGAUGAUCAGCAGGAGGGAAGCUGAGAACUUGCUGAUGGACAAGCCUCUGGGCUGCUUCCUGGUUCGAAUCAGUCAGAGCAGGCCAGGCUACACCCUGUCAUACAGGGGUGAGAGCCGCUGCAGACAUUACAUGAUUGAGAUGCAGCCCAAUGCACGCUACGUGAUCCUGGGGGAGGACCGAGCUCACGCCUCGCUCACCGCGCUGGUCCAAUACCAUCGAACUGUGGGAAUCCAGCCCUUCAUGGAGACGUUGACUGUGACCUGUGAGCAGAAAGGUGAUGGGGACUCUGAUUAUGAGGAGUUGAAAUUCCACACCCUGGCCCCAGGCCCAGCAGAUGGGGAGAAGCAGCCUCAAAAAGAACAGGCUGAUCUUAAUGGGGCACCUGCUGUCAGCCCCAUCCAGCAUGCAGGAGCAACUGCUGUUCUCAAGCACAGGCGGUUCAUGAAAUCAAAGAAAUGCCAAGAGCAGCAGCUGAGCCCAGGCGAGGAGGGGGUGGAGCCGAGCCCAUGUGAGGCUGGGGUGGCCAGAUGGGCCAUUCCUCGCCUCUACCCCUCCAUACGAUUGGCAAUGCGGGAAAUCCAGCAGUUUUCUUCCCACCCCUCAAAUGGCUCCUAUGCCGAGCUGAAGCCCCAGCACUGAAGGCAGCGGGGCCCACAGCAAGAGUGACAUGAUAAACCUGGCUCAGGCCCCGUCCUCCUCUGGUACCACAGGGCCCUCCAUCAUCUGGUAGAAGCACCUGGGGAGAUGGCAGCCUCUUCCACAUGCACAGGGCUGGCUCUGUACCCUAUGGACAAGACACUGGGAGAGAAGAACUUUCUGCAGCUUUUUGUCAUGCUCUGCCACUAGGGAGCUGCUGUGUGGGCCACUCUCUGAUUCUGGCAGGAGGAGGUGAUGACAUGACCAAGAGCUGGGGUCAUUGUGCAAAUCUGUAUGGAAAUCUUGGUGGUGAUUUUUCUAAUAUAGCUGGAGAAUGAAUGCAGUGUA